CGGACAACAACAGCAGCAGCAGCAACGCGGCCGCCGCCACCAUGGCCCUGCAGGCUGAUUUUGACAGGGCUGCAGAAGAUGUGAGGAAGCUGAAAGCAAGACCAGAUGAUGGAGAACUGAAAGAACUCUAUGGGCUUUACAAACAAGCGAUAGUUGGAGACAUUAAUAUUGCGUGUCCAGGAAUGCUAGAUUUAAAAGGCAAAGCCAAAUGGGAAGCAUGGAACCUCAAAAAAGGGUUGUCGACGGAAGAUGCAAUGAGUGCCUAUAUUUCUAAAGCAAAGGAGCUGAUAGAAAAAUAUGGAAUUUAGAAUACAGCAUAUGAGGAAUUUUUCCUUUUGAAGCCUUCUGAAUGCUAUCAUGACCUAACAUUUAGAGGGAGAGACAUACUGUUAACUUGAUGUAUCAUGUAUAUUUUUGCUAUUAGCAUGAGCUGUAAUACUUAGAAGUAUACUGAAACUACAUAGUUAACUCAGUUGUACUUGCUUAAACCAGGUGUCUUUAAAAGUUCUUUUUAAGAAAAUGUGGGCUGGGCGCGGUGGCUCACGCUUGUAAUCCCAGCACUUUGGGAGGCUGA